AUGUGACUCUAUAUAAUCCACGUAUGUCCACGAGGUGGCUGAAGUAAAUACAGGAGAAAACUAUCACGAUGGAAAAAUAUGUAAAGCGACUCACGGGUCACAAUGUGGAUUCACAAUUGAUGGGCAUAUUAGCUGCUGUAAUUGCGAUAAUACUGACCUUAGUUUUGUUUGCCAUAUGGCGCAAGAAAAGAUCCGUGGGAAACAGUAUACUAUUAACUGGUCUCAGUGAUGCUGGUAAAACACUGAUAUAUGCACGCCUACUGUGUUCUAAAUUUGUUAAAACACACACGUCUGUAAAAGAAAAUGUAGGGGAUAUUCUGGUCAAUAAUCGCUUCCUGAAGAUUGUUGAUAUACCUGGUCAUGAACGUUUGCGCUACAAAUAUUUUGAUCAGUUUAAAUUAUCUGCAAAAGGACUUGUCUAUGUGAUUGACUCUGUGACUUUCCAAAAGGACAUCCGAGAUGUAGCAGAGUUUUUAUAUAAUUUAUUGUCUGAUCCUGUUAUACAGAAGAAGCCUGUGCUUAUUUUAUGCAACAAACAAGAUCAAACUAUGGCAAAAGGUUCUGUUGUCAUAAAAGCUUUAUUAGAAAAAGAAAUGAAUUUAUUACGUAUGACAAAAACAAGUCAACUAGAGGCUACAGAUGCAUCAUCAACAAAUUUCUUUCUUGGAAAACAGGGAAAAGAUUUUGAAUUUUCCCUCUUAGAUACAAGCAUUGAAUUUGCAGAGUGCAGUGCAUUUAACAAAGACCCCGACACUUCUGCUGAUAUCGACCAAUUGAACAGUUGGUUAAAGAGAAUUGCAUAAAAAUGUAUGUUUUAUUAUUCCAAAUAAAUUAUUUGUUUGUA